AAACCUGUGCAGUUCAAGUCUGGUGUUUGUCGAGCUUGGUGCAGUAGGCGAAAAUGUUGUUUAAAAAUAUAUUUUUAAUUCUUCUAAUCAAGUCUGGGCUGCUGUUAACUGCUGCAUCCGCCCAGCAAGAAUCAACUAACAACAGCAGCGACCUGGUGCUUUUUCUGCAAUCUCGUGCGCACUUUCUUCAUUUCGUUAAAAUUCCUACAGCCGAUCUGCCAUCCCCGUCAACUGGAUACUUGACCAAUGUUAUGCUGAAACCCGACAUACACAUAAACUCGAUAGAUUAUCAUCCGCGUACUAAGACGUUUUACUUUACGAACCCACGCGUUGGUUACUGGUCGAAAAACGCCCAGCUUUCCUCUAUUCCCUGGGAUCCAGAUUUCAUUUGUACGGCAGCUACGGCCGAGGUAAAAGAUCUUCGACUUGAAAUGAAAGAUGAUUCCGAAAAAAAGGAGCAAUCUGAUAAAGAUGAUUCCAAAGAAGACGAUGACGAAAAUGCCGAUAAGGUAGCCUUAAUGAGCGAGCUGGAUAGACUUGUUAGCGCUGCUACGCAGGGCAAACCGGUAUGCUUUGUUGAUAAGCUUGAUAAUAAAUCUGUGAUUUUUAAUAAAAAAUUAUCAGAACUCAAAAAACUUGUACACGAAAAAGAGAAUUGGAAUCCCAGAUCGAUUGCGGUAGAUUACGUAGGCGACAAGAUAUACAUCGUGGACACCAGCGAUGCGGCCGUCAGCGUCUAUGAUCUGGAUGGCCGAAAUAAGGCCUUGGUCUUCCGAAACGAUAACUGCUUACAAUGAUACCAUUUUUUGGUCCAACGGCGGCACUUCUCUGGCCGAAUCUUUCUUGUGCAUUAGAACUAAGUGUUCCAUUAUGGCUUGUCGAAUGAACGACACUGAUGGAAGUUGCAUUAACAAUAGUACUACAGUUUUCGAUGAAGGAA